AUGCUGGUGAAAACGCGUGGAGUGCAACCGCACGCUUUGGCAUAUGAUGCUUAUGCUAAGGCACAUUUCUUGGCCGCUCGACCAAGCGUGGCCGUAGAGAUCAUGCAGAAGAAGGUCGAUGCUGGCGUCGACCAGGCAAGUUAUCGACACGCAGUGAAUUACCUGCAGUAUGUCUUGGUUGCAUGCUACUCGUCAGGCUGCACUGUCUUCCGCCGACGUCUGACCCGACACAUUGCGAAGUGGUCUACAAGUAUUGCCCGUGAGUCGUCAACAACAGGGAAGCGAAACUGGCAUCAGCUUACCAGAGCUGCGGACAAGCUGCUUUCCGAGCAGGACGACUUUAAACUGACUCAGGCCCUCGUUACCUAUCCUGCCCGAGAGCAAAGUGCCAUGAAGGAUUGGACGGAAUGGCAAGCUUCUGGCGCCGACCACAAAGACCACAGAGACAACAAAAAUGCACUGCAAACACCGAAGCUGAAAGCCAAGCUCGAAGUUGCCCGCAGGUACCGGCACACGGAGACCGACAUCGCUGAAUACAACCUCACGGCGUAUCUCAGCGAGAUGGAGACCGGUCAGCGCUUCACGCUACCGCCGGAGAAGCCCGAGGAGUUCACGUAUCCUUAUGCCUCUCCGUUGGACGAACUGCGUGCGGCGGACAAGGUGGUCGAGGUCAAGGAAGAGGACGAGAAGAAGGUGGUUGAGGAUGCGCCGCCGCGCGGGCGGCGCGAGAAGAAGGUGAACUGGCCGCCCCUGAGUGAAGCCAUGGAGGGCGUGGAGGUCGUGCUCCUUGCGGGUGACCUCAAAGAGGUCCUCAAGAAGCCCAAGUACAAGGGCCUCUUUCAUCGGGCCUUCGUCGGUGCCAUGGGCUGCAUGCCACUCUUCGAGGAGAUGGGCAUCGUCACCGGUGCCGGGGGCCGAGUUCCCGGCGACUUCGCGAAGAAGCGCGAGGAGUCCGGCAUCGCUGCCUCUUUGGCGGACGGAGCGGAGAUCAUUUGCGAGACGAUGAAGUACCAGGCGCAUUUCGAAGGCUCCACUCGGCUGGGCUUCCGACACCGCCUGGCGCAGGCGGGACAUUUGGCUGGCUGGCGGCUUCGCGACGAGCGGAGGGCGCUUCCCCGUCUCGAGAAGGACAUGCAGGAGCGCCAGAGUCGGGCGAAAGAGCGAAACUCCACCGACUUCAUGCGCUUCGUAGCCAUGCCAGGCGGGAAGAGCCCUGAAGCGAGCUGA